CACUGGCUGGACCGGCCAAGCCCUGGCUUCUCCUGGAAGAACGUCUCAACCAAAUCGGGAGCGGCCCCCCAGCCAGCUGUCUCCUCCAGAGGUGGCUUUCCAAAGGAUGCUGGCGAUGGAGCUGCGGAGCCCUGACCAUCUCCAAGCUGGGCGCCCUGACUUCUCUCCCUCCCCAGAGCUGGUGGCUGGACUCUGAACAACUCCCUUCAAUAAAGGGGCCAGUCUUCACUGGCGGUGGCUGGUACUUGGCUCUCAGCCUGGGGUGGCAGCUCUGCUAGCAGCUGGGUUCGCUCCCACUUCAUCCUGGCUGAAGGCAGUGCUGCGCUUUGAAAUGCAGCCAACGAAUAUCCAGCCGUGAUUACCAGGAUUCGGGCAGAGCAGCAGUGCUAGCCAAGUGGCCUGGGCUGCUUUGGGGGAUCCAGGUGGUGUUACAUGUCCAUUUCAUGCUUUGGGGCUCUUAGUCCCACAAACACCUUUGGCAGAGCCUUGAUUAAAAGGAAACCUGCAGACCCUC